CUGAACUCACUAUACCAGCGCUACUGUUACUGUUCUGAAUCUUCUGAUCAUAAGCUAGCAAAAAUGGCCAUAGAUAUAGAGAGAAUCGAGGAAGGGGAUCUGGAUGAUAACCAUGAUAACAACCAUGCAAAAAGUGGUGACGAAAACUCAGAUUUUAAUUCUAUGAUGGCUAAAUGGGGUCUUCUUUUGUUAAAUUGCAUGUUAUCUGCUGUUGGCACCAUUGGAGGACCUUUAUUGCUUAGGCUCUAUUUCUUACAUGGUGGUGGUCGAAAAUGGAUAUCGAGCGCGUUACAAACAGCGGGUUUCCCGAUUUUACUUAUCCCUCUUGCAGUUCUAUAUUUCCGUGAUCGAAAAACUAUUGGUGUCGGAAAGUUCUUUGCUUCGCCUAAACUCUUACUCUCCGCUGCCGUAAUUGGUGUCCUUUUAGGACUUGAAACUUUUAUGUAUUCUUAUGGAUUGUCGUUCCUCCCUGUUUCAACUUCGUCACUUCUCAUAUCUACUCAACUUGUUUUCACUGCAUGUUUUGCUUUUGUUAUGGUUCACCAAAAGUUCACUCCUUAUUCGAUUAACGCAGCUGUGUUAAUGACACUGGGUUCAAUCUUACUCGCUAUACGCAAGAACGGAGAUCGUCCACCUGGUGUCACUACUUCUCAGUAUCUGCUAGGGUUUAUUUUAAGUAUUGCAGCUGCGGGAUUGGCUGGAUUCAUUUUACCUUGCACGGAAGUGGCUUAUGCUAAAUCUAGCAAACCCAUGACUUAUUGUCUUGUGCUGCAAUAUCAGUUUUGCAUGACCUUUUUCGCAACAGCGUUUUGCGCUGUUGGAAUGUUUGUAAACAACGAUUUCUCGGCAAUGCAGAGAGAAGCCAAUGCAUAUGAGUUAGGCGCCACAAAAUACUACAUGGUGUUGGUUUCCAGUGCGGUAGUUUGGCAAUUGAUGUUUGUAGGAACAUUAGGGAUUAUCUUUUGUACAUCAUCUCUCUUUUCAGGAGUUAUUACUGCAACACUGCUUCCUCUUACGGAGAUUGCAGCCUUGAUAAUUUUUCAUGAGAAGUUUACAGGUGAAAAAGGAAUGGCUUUGGCGUUGAGUCUUUGGGGUUUCACUUCUUACUUUUAUGGAUCAUACAGGGAAACCAAGAAUCAAACACAGACAAAUUUAGAGGCCAAAACUUAGUGGAAGUGUUCAACAGUUCUUGUUUCAUAUACUUAUUCGGAUAAAGUGUACCUUAAUCAGCAUAACAAAAAUUAGCCACAUACAAGUUCUUGUUUUUCUACUUGACGACAAUAAAUUGUUUUGCCUAUGUAUGCCAUACAAGUUUGAGAUAUUUUGCAGCGCAAUGUUGUGUGCGCCCAUGUGCCUUUCAUUUUACAAUACUUUAUUUUUGUAAUAUGAACAAAGAAACUCUAGAAUUGAUGGUUGUUAAACUA